GUACUUAUUUAAAUAAAUUUAAUCUUAAGAAAAGGUAUAAUCCAAACCAUACAUAUAUUUUCAGAUUUUCUAUGAAAAUCUUUAUAUUUUUACAUUGUCAUUGGAUACCAUAAAUAUAAGUUGAUUAUUCUGCUAUAUUAGUAUAUAUUAUUUGUAUAUACUUAUUACAUAAUUUCUAAAAUCAACAUAAAAUUAAACAUUUUCUGUUAAAGGAAUCGAAGCGACUUUUAUUUGCCUAUGCGGAUAUGAGGAAGCCUCAGGUACUUGUGUGUACAGGCUUAUGUAUGUAUCUAUAUACAUAUAUAUGUACUUAGGUACAUAAUAUACAAAUAUAAAUAUCAAACCAAACCAAUUAUUUUUACUUCACAAAAUAUUAUAUUUAUUGCAUACAUAUGUAUAUCAAUUUACAAUAAAAAUAAAUUUGAUUUCUCCAUCAAUUAUGAUUAAUCCAUUUAAGUACAUAUUUCUAUAUCUCAUCGGAUCGUACUGCUUUUACGAAGGCACCACCUAUAAUUAUUUCUGCGGUAGCGAGGACUGGUGUGAAAAGGGAAAACAUCUUAUGUGCGAUUCAUCUGAAAUUAGCAAAGGCACAUUUAAGCAUCAUGUGCCCCCGACUUUCAAAGUGCGCCGUCUUAUCCUGGAACAACACAAUAAUAUUCGUAAUAACGUAGCUAAGGAAAACAGCGCAACUCGCAUGCGUAAUCUGAUCUGGGACCAUGAGUUAGCUUUCUUAGCACGUACCCAUACCGGAUUAUGCCCUGAUAAGCCAAGCGUAUGUCACAAAACUGCACGCUUUGAAAAAGUAGGACACAAUACUGCAUCGAAAGAUGGUGAAAGACACAUUACAUUAAGUACACUGAUGACCACUGCUUUCUCAGAGUGGCAAGCGAAAGAGUCGGCUGCUUUCAAAGUACUUGCUCAUGACCAGAUAUCUCGUGUAGGAUGUGCUAUUGGUUAUUGUGUAGAUUGUACUGGUGGCAAGAAGCAUUGUUAUUUUGUAUCUUGUUUUUAUGAUAUGGAUCAUAAAGAGGGCGUAGAAAUUCAUAUAAAGGGCACCGAAGCGGCUUCUAAGUGCAACGUAUGGGAUUCUGUAAAGGAUGAAAAGUAUACAAGCCUUUGUCACAAUACGGGAAAAAUAUUUAAUAUAAAAACGUGAGGAGGGAGUAAAAAUAUAAAAAUAGAAUUUGUUUGGCAAAUUUUUUAUGUCGGUGUGUUGCAUUGUAGAUGUGAAUAUCGCAUAUUAAAAAUAUAUCGAGUGUUUUUAUUUAUCUGCUCAAUAACAUACGUACUAAAAGGUGAAAAGUUCUUGUUGUAACCUCAAAAGUAUUUCCCAAGUGGUUUUUGUUUAAACCCUCUAGAUCGACAGUUUUCGGCCGAAUAAAAACCUGGAUAUAAACGGUAUAAAGACUGCGCUGUCGUGGGAGCUAUUGAAUGUUAGUCAACUCUUACGACAGAUACACCUUAGCUAGAUAGUUUUUUUUCGUAAAAAAAAAGUAAUAAGAAAAUUUUAAGGAAAGGUCAGUUAAGACCUUAUAAUGAUUUUUAAAAAACCAUCUUCCGUGCACCGCCGAAGUCAGCCAUUAGGCACAAAUAUGUUUUUAUUUUUUCAUAGGAGAUCUCGAUACUUUUUGCUUUCCAUGCAC